GUCCAAAUAUCAUACGAGAAGGUCCGAGCGGUUUCUGGAUUCAAAUUAUACGGCGACGGAGGGAAAUCGAAUUUCUCUCUCCCUUGCUCUCUCUAUCCGAUCUAAAGCGAGUGAGCAAAAGUAGAAAAAAGAGGGCAACCCUUCGUCCCAGGGAUCGAUCCAUAGAGCGAUUUCUGAAAGGGGAUUGAGGCACCAAAAUGGGAGAUGAGUGCCGCACCCCGCUGCCGAACCCUUCGAGGCCGGUGGCGUCGAAGCACCGGCCGCGUACUCCCACGGCCGCCCUUCUGCAGUCGCCGACGUCCCACGCCUUCCCUCUGGGCUCCAACGACGACGAGCUCGAACGCGCCCAGGCCCGCGCUGCCCGCGCCGCCUCUAUCCGCCGCCGGUCCUUCGCCCCCAACCCUUCCGCCGCACCCUCUGCCCGCCACGAUCUCUUGGACCGAGACCAGAUCAUGGAUCUCUUCCACAACUGCAUCAAGCUCGCAAGCGAGAAUAAGAUAAACCAGAAGAACACGUGGGAGCUGGGUCUCAUAGACCAUCUCAGUGAGAUCAUCCGAGUUAGACCCGAAGAUGAUGACGAGACCAAUUUCCAGAAGGCAAGCUGCACUCUGGAAGCUGGGGUGAAGAUAUAUUCUAUGAGAGUGGAUUCGGUGCAUUCUGAGGCAUACAAGGUCCUUGGAGGGAUCAAUCGGGCUGGCAGAGAAGAAGAAGAGAAAGUGUGGUUUGUCACAACAGAAACUGAUGAUCAUAAUGGGAUUGCUCAAGAGGAUGGGCUUUCUAAGAAAGACUUAGAAACGAAGAUGUCACCUUUAUCAACACUGGAGUCAUCUUUUGAGGCUCUUAAUGUGAAAAAAAUUGAAGUGGCAUUCACUGUGGAUCCUCUGUAUCAUCAAACUUCUGCACAGUUUGAUGAAGGUGGUGCCAAGGGUCUACUAUUGAACAACCUUGGAGUAUAUUGUGGCUGUCGUAUACUCUUUGAUUCAUUUGAAGCACCUGAGAGGAGCGUCUUGCUUGAAACACAAAACAACAAACUUGAAAUGAUUGACCUUUCAUUUUCCAAAGAUCAUGUUGAGAAGAUGAUGGAUUACAUGCCCUUGAAAAAUGACAUCUCACCAACUCUGAAGGAUAUUGUGAAUCAGUUUGAUGAAGAUAAUCAAAGGCCAUCAGACACAAAGUCUUUAGAACAAAUGCUUGAGGUUCAAGGCCAUGUACUGGAGGAUAACAAUUUAGAGCUGGAUGAUAAUUUGUUUGAUGAUUGUGGAACUUUGAGUUUUGAUUACGAUGACCACACGAGUGUCAUCCAUGACAGCUCCAUUAGCCCAAAUCCAAAUUCCACUAGCCAUCAAGAGGAAAAUGGUGAAUAUAUGUUGGAUGAUCCAGAUAUAGGUGAAAAAUUUGAGAAAAUCAAUUGUUUCUUGUCUCUAGGCUUGGGAUUUACUUCAAAAUCAAAUGCAUGGGCAGGUCCUGAUCAUUGGAAGUAUCGAAAAGUUAAAGGUUUAGAACAAGUUCCAGUUUUGGCUAGCGAACCAGAGCUAGUAACCAAGAAGAAAAAGACCAGAAAAGAAGUUCCCGAUGUUGACUUCACGAAAUUACUGGACAAUGAGAUGCCAGAUGUCUUUGCACCCCCGAAGAAUCCAAAAUCUCUACUAUUACCCACGAACAAAGGGCCCUGCAAUAUCACACUUCCAGAAGACUGUCACUAUAGACCUGAUACUCUUGUCAAAUUGUUUGUUCUUCCUAAUGUUAUGUGUCUUGGGAAGAAAGGAAGAAAUUCUUUUGAUGAAAUAAAGCAAGGUACUGAUGCAUAUGUUUUGGCAUCAUGGGAUAAUGAAAGUAUGAACAAUGACCAAUUUGAUGAUGGAAAUGUCUAUAAUGAUAAUGAAGAUACAGGUAGUCUUGUUCGCCAGCCACGCCAGGUAAAUAAAGUUGAUAUUCAGUAUGACAAAGUAUCGAAACAGGUUGAUGUUCAUACAUUAAAAGAUAUGCUCUGGAAUCAUAUGCAAGAAUCUGUUCAGAUUUCUAUUGUGGAAGGUGAGGCUACAGUGUCUCUAAGGGAGGUCUUACUUCAGUUUCCAAGUGACUGCCCUACAGCUCCAGCCAAGGAUAUCUCCCCGCACCUGUUUUUCAUCUGUCUCUUGCAUUUAGCUAAUGAGCACUGUUUGAGCAUCCAUGAUCGUCCGAGCUUAGAUGAGCUUGACAUCCACAUUCCCUCUGCUGCACUCGUGAAGUUAUGUUCAAAUUAGCAGCUCACAUUUCCACAUACCAAGCUACAGCAUAUCACUUAUAUUUUAACACUGAGCCACAAAAUGUAUGUUCUACUGGAACUCGAGGUUUAUGAUGUGCUCAUAUGAAAUCAAGCAUGCGUUGUUUUCAUAUGUAUUUCGUUUACUUCAUGUAAGCUGCUUUGGUUUAGUGUGUCAGACUAAGGAAUGACUUCAUGGAGCUGUCAAGGGCCACUUGUAUUUGUCAUUGAGAUCUGAGAUUAGUUAGACUUGGCAAGCCAUUGUUGUAAUAGGAAGUAUUGUUUUAAAGCUGCUUCUUAGGAUAAGUUUAAAACACAUUGCAAAUUAUAUGCAGCAUAAUUUGCUCAUGGUAGCAGGAUCCAUCAACAAACUCCUUGUGUACUAAACAUACAGGGUUUAUAAUGUGAGAGGGCUGGAGUUGGGCCAGGUGGGGCUGGAACUACGAAGCCUCCCUA